CGGCUGAGGCCGGCUCUGCUGCGCCCGUCUCGGGUCGCCAGCCGUCCCCCUGAGCCGCCGCCGUCAUGCUGCUGCCCGUGUUCACCCUGAAACUGCGCCACAAAAUCAACCCCCGUAUGGUGGCCGUAGGGCGCUACGAUGGGAUUCAUCCAUGCCUGGCAGCUGCCACCCAAGCGGGCAAGGUUUUUAUUCACAAUCCUCAUAAACGGAGCCAGCAUUUCAGUGUGUCCAGAGUCUUGCAGAGCCCCCUGGAGUCCGAUGUUUCACUUCUCAACAUUAACCAGGCAGUCAGCUGCCUGACUGCAGGAGUGCUGAACCCUGAACUUGGCUAUGACACUCUGUUAGUGGGGACACAGACUAACCUUUUGGCUUAUGAUGUCUACAAUAAUUCAGAUUUGUUCUACAGAGAGGUAGCAGAUGGGGCAAAUGCAAUUGUGCUAGGGACAUUGGGAGAUAUUUCCUCACCUCUUGCAAUUAUUGGUGGAAAUUGUGCUCUACAGGGUUUUGAUCAUAAAGGAAACGAUCUCUUUUGGACGGUUACUGGAGAUAAUGUUCAGUCCUUGGCCUUGUGUGACUUUGAUGGUGAUGGGAAGAAAGAGCUUCUUGUUGGCUCUGAGGAUUUUGAUAUCCGAGUUUUUAAAGAAGAUGAGAUUGUGGCAGAAAUGACAGAAAUAGAGAAAAUCACCUCUCUUUGCCCCAUGUAUGGCAGUCGAUUUGGCUAUGCCCUUUCCAAUGGCACAGUUGGAGUUUAUGACAAAACAUCCCGCUAUUGGAGAAUUAAAUCCAAAAAUUAUGCGGUGAGCAUUCAUGCUUUUGACCUUAAUUCUGAUGGAGUAUGUGAACUGAUAACUGGUUGGUCCAAUGGGAAGGUCGAUGCUCGAAGUGACCGAACAGGGGAAGUCAUCUUUAAAGACAACUUUUCUUCUGCAGUUGCUGGUGUGGUAGAGGGAGAUUACCGGAUGGAUGGCCGCAUGCAGUUAAUCUGCUGCUCUGUGGAUGGGGAAAUCCGGGGCUACCUGCCAGGCACAGCUGAAAUGAGAGGGAAUCUCAUGGACACCAGCAUAGAGCAGGACCUGAUCCGAGAGCUGAGCCAGAAAAAACAAAAUCUGUUGCUGGAACUCCGAAACUAUGAGGAAAACGCCAAGGCUGACUUGAGCAGCCCACUGAAUGAGGCUGAUGGGCAUCGGGGCAUCAUCCCAGCCAAUACCAAGCUCCACACUGCCCUCUCGGUGAAUCUGGGGAGUGAGAUUCAAGCUGCUCAUGCAGAAUUGUGUAUUUCCACAUCUAAUGACACUAUCAUCCGAGCAGUAUUGAUUUUUGCAGAGGGAAUUUUUCUGGGUGAAAGCCAUGUGGUACACCCCAGCAUUCACAACCUCUCCAGUUCAAUCCGCAUCCCAAUCUCACCUCCCAAGGAUGUCCCUGUGGACCUGCACUUGAAGGUCUGUGGUUACAGAAGCAGCACCCAGUUUCAUGUAUUUGAGUUGACAAGACAGCUCCCCCGAUUCUCCACGUAUGCCCUGACCAGCCCAGAUGCUGCCAGCGAACCACUCGGUUAUGUGAACUUUGUUAUUGCAGAACGUGCUCAGAGGGUUGUUAUGUGGCUCAGCCAGAACUUUCUGUUACCAGAAGACAUUAACAUUCAGAAUGCUCCAUUUCAAGUGUGUUUCACAUCCUUACGGAAUGGUGGCCAGCUGUAUAUAAAAAUAAGACUUAACGGAGAGAUCACCAUAAAUACUGAUGAUAUUGAUCUGGCUGGCGAUAUCAUCCAGUCAAUGGCGUCAUAUUUUGCUAUUGAAGACCUUCAGGUAGAAGCUAAUUUCCCCAUCUACUUUGAGGAAUUACGAAAGGUGCUGGUUAAGGUGGAUGAAUAUCAUUCAGUGCACCAAAAGCUCAGUGCUGACAUGGCUGACAAUUCUAAUCUGAUCCGAAGUUUGCUGGUCCGUGCUGAGGAUGCUCGUCUGAUGAGGGACAUGAAAACAAUGAAGAGUCGCUAUAUGGAACUCUAUGAUCUUAAUAAAGACUUGCUAAAUGAAUAUAAAAUUCGCUGUAAUAAUCACACAGAACUGUUGGGAAACCUCAAAGCAGUAAACCAGGCAAUUCAGAGAGCAGGACGUCUGCGUGUUGGGAAGCCAAAGAACCAAGUGAUCACUGCGUGUCGGGAUGCAAUUCGAAGCAACAACAUCAACACGCUGUUCAGAAUCAUGCGAGUGGGGACAGCAUCCUCAUAGCAGAUGAAGAAGAGAUAUUGAGAUUCCUCGAAAACAGUUUUUCUUAAAAAUUUGGGCUGGUUUGUUUUGGAUCAUAUCCUGGUAUACCUGGUGAUCUGAGGGUGAAAACAGCCUUUGUGAGCUGUACAAAUGAAUGACAAAGCAUUGCAUCUGAAA